AGACGGGAAAGCACAUGUCAAAGUGAGAAAGUCAGUUGAUUUUAAUACAAAAUGAUUUCUUGCUGUCCGUGACAUCGAGUUUCUGAGUAAACACGCAAUGCCUUUCAAAUUUAAAUCGGGAGAGCAUGCCCUGAGGAAUUUACACGGUUAUUUCUGUGUAUAUAAACCCGAGGGCAUGAGAAUGGCAGAUCUGGUGCAAACUCUACAAACUAAACUUUUGCAAGAGAUCAAUGCUCUACCAAAUUACCUCUUUGAAACAACAAAUCCCAGACUGCAGGCCGGUUCACCAAGUCUUGCUGAAGGACAUGCUAAUGCCAAGCCUGACCUGCUGGCGGCUGGUAGUACAGAAAAGUCAGUGGUUGGAAUGGAUUCUAAUUUAACUACAAAUUCAACCUCAGAUUCUCUUACAUUCAGCUCAGAGCAACAGUUAAUGGAGGCUGAGAUAAUGAACAAUCGUCUUGUUUUGGGUGACCGAUAUGAGCCAGAAGACUUACGCUUAUUUGCAAAUACGGGGCUGGCAAGGUACUCUUCAGGUCUUGUUGUGAUUGGAUCUGGAACCUACAAAUAUAGAACCAAAAAACUGAGUAGUAGAUACAUACAGGUAUACCAUGUGAAAGGUCUCUUGGGCUGGGCAUCUGAUUCCUAUAGUACCAAAGGUCGCAUUGUUGAAAGGAGCACUUUUAGCCAUGUGAACACGUCACUGGUGGAGAAGGUGUGUGCUGCUGUGGAGGCUACUCACCAGAGGAAGAUGUUUGACUAUGCUGGAGUUAACCCAGAGAGUCAGGAGGCAUAUGAGCUAGCCACACAGGGGCUGCUGCGUCCACAGAUGCAUAUCACAGAGCCUAUUAUCUACAGCAUCAAAUGUGUGGCAUUUGACCCACCAUACUUUACACUGGAGAUUCAUGCCAUCAAUGAAAGGUGCUAUUUUCUUGCUGAAGUAAUUCAUAAUUUUGGACUGUUGAUGAAGACUACAGCAGUGUGUGCUGGCAUCCGUAGGAUUCGUAGUGGUGUUUACGAUAUAAGCUAUGCCCUGUUGUAUCAGGAUUGGGAAUUGAACAAAAUCACUGGUAAUAUCAAAGAUUGUAAGCUCAUCCGACCACCAUCUCACCUGGAGAGACUUAGUCCUACUUUAGGAUAUUUAAACAAAGACAAUAAAGGUGUAUUCCGACGUAUGAUGAAACAACCACAAGUGUCUCCAGCUUUAAGUGUAUCAGAAAGGAUCAGAAUGAAGGAAGAACUCAUAGCAACCAAGAAAAUGAAAAAAGAAGUGCAAAAGUUCCUGUCUAGUAAAUUAAAUGAGGAAGAACCUGAAGUAAUAGAUGGAGAGGUGAAAGAGUAAAGGCUUAUUGUGGUGUUUUAUAAAUAUAUGAUCACUUCAUUAGUAUUUUAUUGGAUGCUUAUUCCGUUAAUUUAAACAUUGAAACAGAUUUUUUACAAAUAUUUGAUAUUUGUAAGAAAGAUGAGAACAAUAUUUGACAUUGACCUGUUUUCAAGGUCAUACAAGUUGAUUAUGUUAAAAAUUCUGUCAAAUUAUUUUGAAGAUCAAGAAGAUUAAUAUAUUCUGUAUUUCAUGUGUAAAUAAGCAUGCUCUACAUAAACUAUCAACAAACCAGGAUACAUACAAACCUGAUGGGAAUCUUAAUCAACAUCCAGUAGAGGAAUUUUGAUAUCAGAAAUUAUUUUUGAAUCCAUGAUUUGAAUGCAGUUUGUGAUAUGAUUUUAUGUUUUUGUUGUCACUGUUUACUUGAAUACAAUGUAUUUACCUUAUACACUCUA